GAGAAUGUGGAACGGGGUAACUGGUCUUCGAAGACUGAUUACCUGCUCUCAAUGAUUGGUAAUGCAGUGAGUUUUGGGAAUGUUUGGAGAUUUCCUUACCUGGCUUACAAAAACGGAGGAGGUGCAUUCCUUAUUCCCUAUUCUGUCAUGCUGGCCCUUGUUGGGAUACCAUUGUUUUUCUUGGAGUGUUCCUUUGGUCAGUUUGCCAGCCUUGGGCCUGUUGCAGUGUGGAGGGCUGUGCCUAUGUUACAAGGUGUGGGGAUUGCUAUGAUGCUUCUGAUUACAAUGUCCAACAUUUCGUACAACUGCAUCGUUGGCUACAGUCUAUACUACCUGUUUGCUUCCUUCCAAUCACCCCUACCAUGGGCAGACUGCUUCAGUUGGUGGGGAGCAGAUGAAACAUGCAGCAGGACCCCCAAAGAGACUCUCUGCAAUCUCACUCUGACUGAUGGAUAUUUUGAAAUCGUUAAUAUAACACAGCUGCAGGAAAACAAUGGAUCUUGUCCAAAUGGAUCAGAAAUCUCCAAUCCUCACCAGGGCCCGAGUGAGCAAUACUGGGAUAAAGCAGUUUUACGCCGUUCCAGUUCAAUGGAUGAGCCUGGGGAGGUAAUCUGGUAUUUAGCCCUCUGUCUGCUUCUUGCCUGGCUAAUAGUUGGGGCAGCAUUAUCAAAAGGAAUCAAAUCUUCAGGAAAGGUGGUUUAUUUCACUGCGACAUUCCCUUACGUGGUUCUGACCAUACUCCUGAUCCGAGGGGUUACCCUGGAGGGAGCUUCUAAAGGAAUUGAAUUCUACAUCGGAAGCCAGUCAGACUUCUCCAGACUGGCUGAUGCUGAGGUCUGGAAAGAUGCUGCGACUCAAAUUUUCUUUUCUAUCUCAGUGGGUUGGGGCACUUUAGUAGCAUUGUCGUCUUACAACAAGUUCCACAAUAACUGCUACAGAGAUACCAUCAUUGUCUGUGUUGUUAAUUGUGCUACGAGUAUGUUUGCUGGAUUUGUCAUCUUCUCCAUCCUGGGACACAUGGCUCACAUACAAGAUAAGCCCGUUUCAGAGGUUGCCCAGUCAGGUUUCGGUUUGGUCUUCAUUGCCUACCCAGAGGCCCUUGCACAGUUACCGUGGGCACCAUUAUGGUCUGUUUCAUUUUUCUUCAUGCUGCUCACUCUGGGAGUUGACACACAGUUUGCAGGUUUAGAAACAGUUAUGACAGCCCUGCAAGACCAGUUCCCUACAUUGGUCCAAUCAAAGCGCCUUCUUCUGACAGCUGGUGUUUGUUCGUUAUUUUAUCUGCUUGGCCUUCUAUGUGUGACACAGGCUGGGAUUUACUGGCUAAAUUUAAUGGAUCAUUACGUUACGGACUGGAUUCUCGUUAUAACAGCUCUCCUGCAACUCAUCGGUCUCAGCUGGAUCUAUGGGACAAACAGAUUCAUCAAGGACAUUGAGAUGAUGAUUGGGGAAAGGACUUGGCUCUUCUGGCUGUGGUGGAGAAUGUGUUGGAUUCUGAUCUCUCCGUGUUUGCUGGUGGCAGUCUUAAUCUGGUCCUUGACAACAUUUGCCCCACUAAGAUAUGGAUCUGUUGAAUACCCUGUCUGGUCAGGAGCACUGGGCUGGUGUAUGACCAUCUUCUGUAUUAUGUGGAUCCCCAUCAUGGCUGUGGUGAGAGUUGUCCAAGCUGAGGGCCCCACCUUGUGGCAGAAAGUGAGGACUGUGUGGGAUUGCUAUGAUGCUUCUGAUUACAAUGUCCAACAUUUCGUACAACUGCAUCAGUGUCCUAACUUACUACAUGUUUUUGUUCUUAUUUUCUGUAGUAAAGCAGUUUUACGCCGUUCCAGUUCAAUGGAUGAGCCUGGGGAGGUAAUCUGGUAUUUAGCCCUCUGUCUGCUUCUUGCCUGGCUAAUAGUUGGGGCAGCAUUAUCAAAAGGAAUCAAAUCUUCAGGAAAGGUGGUUUAUUUCACUGCGACAUUCCCUUACGUGGUUCUGACCAUACUCCUGAUCCGAGGGGUUACCCUGGAGGGAGCUUCUAAAGGAAUUGAAUUCUACAUCGGAAGCCAGUCAGACUUCUCCAGACUGGCUGAUGCUGAGGUCUGGAAAGAUGCUGCGACUCAAAUUUUCUUUUCUAUCUCAGUGGGUUGGGGCACUUUAGUAGCAUUGUCGUCUUACAACAAGUUCCACAAUAACUGCUACAGAGAUACCAUCAUUGUCUGUGUUGUUAAUUGUGCUACGAGUAUGUUUGCUGGAUUUGUCAUCUUCUCCAUCCUGGGACACAUGGCUCACAUACAAGAUAAGCCCGUUUCAGAGGUUGCCCAGUCAGGUUUCGGUUUGGUCUUCAUUGCCUACCCAGAGGCCCUUGCACAGUUACCGUGGGCACCAUUAUGGUCUGUUUCAUUUUUCUUCAUGCUGCUCACUCUGGGAGUUGACACACAGUUUGCAGGUUUAGAAACAGUUAUGACAGCCCUGCAAGACCAGUUCCCUACAUUGGUCCAAUCAAAGCGCCUUCUUCUGACAGCUGGUGUUUGUUCGUUAUUUUAUCUGCUUGGCCUUCUAUGUGUGACACAGGCUGGGAUUUACUGGCUAAAUUUAAUGGAUCAUUACGUUACGGACUGGAUUCUCGUUAUAACAGCUCUCCUGCAACUCAUCGGUCUCAGCUGGAUCUAUGGGACAAACAGAUUCAUCAAGGACAUU